AUGGAGGACUUCUUUCGUUCAGCCAAUUGGACGGCGAGGCGAGGCAUUCUUCGUGAGAUAGCCCGAUGCUGGGAUGAAUCACUCAAUAGUGAAAAUGGAACUGGAACUAGUGCUUUCAUUUUCACGGGGACAGGAUUGUCCAGAGAACUUAUAUCCGACGUGAUUUCCUCUGUUGUUGUGAAGACACAAUCCUUGUCCAACGUUUAUAAUACUGGCGCGUUCGAUGACUUCAAAGCCCAGACAGUAUACUUGGAAAAGUUUUUCCCUCCGGAUAUAUGGCACACUUCUGGCCACCUUCGGAAUAGAAUUUACUAUUGGCUGCGAGGCAGGCAACUAAUUGAUGUUUAUAGAUAUAGGUUUACUGCGGAGUAUAUGUCUCUUGCAUUACAAUGUGGAUAUCAAAAUAUGCAUCAACUCCUGGACCAAUACAUCUACAGCGUAGCCUGCUUCCGCCCUGCAGAUUUUGAGGACCCCGAGAAAGACUUAUUUGGGAUUGUUGAACUACCUAGUCCAGCAUUUGGAUUCGAAAAACUCAACGAAAGGAUGAGGCAGAAAAUAAAAACCAUUGCUCACGAAUACCUUUUCACCUCGAAAUUGGCAACUUACUUGGGAAGUGAUGAAAGAGCAUACAUUGAACUCGGGCUUGCAAGAAUAAGCGGCUAUGAUGGGAAAAAGUCAGUCAAAAUUGACGAGCCUCUGGUU